CAUCAAACCCUACUCAAUCUCUCUCUCUCUCUUCUCUGCGACAAAACGGCAACCUCCCCCCCACCCCUCGUCGUUUCCUCGACGCAGUUUUGUGCGUUCCAUCUCCGAGUUCCCGCGGUAGAUGCUGCGUUUAGGCCGCGGUGGUGGCCAAAUCCGAGAGUUCUUCUCCCCUUUUAGAUGCUAUUAUUCCCCCGCCGCCUCCCUCGGCCUCCCCUCGUUUCCUCUCGUUUAAUGUCUUCCCUCCGCCUCCCCUUCUAUAGUGGCCUCUUCCCGAUCGGGUUAAAAACCCUAGAUUCUUCUUGUUCCAAUUCACGGCUCCCUUCCUCCCCCGUUCGCCAGAGAAAGGAUAUUUUUCUCGAGAUAUUUAGGCCACUCCAACGUGCGUCUUUGGUUUGGCAGACAAGAUGAGUGAUCAGCAGGUCUUAGUAUUUGGGUCUUUUACAGAAGAUGAAACCAAGUUAUUCCAAAAGCAAUCAGGUGAAGAUGAUACGAGUCAUAUAGAAAAGACAGGAUUGCAGUUUGGAUCUUUGACUGUUAGUUCAAACAAAGGUUCUACUAUUGAAACCAAACAAACUAAUUCAUCCAUAAGAUCGAAAGGUAUUCAGCUAUCGAAAACAAUUGCAAAGGACCAAAUAUGCACUACUAAGUUAGCUUCCAAAAUUGACAAGUUACCGGGAGAUACAAGAGCCCAAGCUAACGGAAGCUCCAGUGUGCAUUCUACCCACCUUGUUGGAGUUACUGAAAAUGGGAAGGAUAACUCUGCUUCAGUUUCUCUCCAGAUAUCUGAAACAGGAAUUAGGGAUACGGCUACUUUUGCAAGUCCAGAAGUGCAAGGUGUAAUUCAAGAAUCAAAAAAUCAGAAUGUACUUGUUGACUCAGUGUUAGUUGCAUCCCCCAUGGUGGAAGUUCUGAAAACUUCAGGUGAAAAGGAACCAGUGGUUAAAGGCUUAUUACCACGAGGCUUAAUAAAUUCUGGAAAUCUGUGCUUUCUGAAUGCGACAUUGCAAGGUCUGCUUUCUUGUUCACCAUUUGUUCAGCUUUUGCAGGAUCUAAGGAAUCAAACUAUUCCUAAGAGUGGCUACCAGACAUUGCAUGCAUUUGUUAAUUUUAUAUCUGAAUUUGAUAUGCCUGGUGAUUCAAGCACCAAGGAUACUGGAAAGAGAGUUCUUGAGACUGGGAAGCCUUUUAGUCCAAUUAUGUUUGAUGCUGUUUUAAAAUGUUUUACUCCUGACUUGCCAAUUGGAAUAUUGGGAAGGCCAAGACAAGAAGAUGCCCAGGAGUUUUUAAGUUUUGUAAUGGAUCAAAUGCAUGAUGAAUUGCUGAAGCUUGAAGGCUACAUGUCAGAUGCUAUUGGUAGUCAAGCACCUCUCAUUUCUUCUGCUGAAGAUGAUGGCUGGGAAACUGUUGGACCAAAGAACAAGUCUGCAGUCACCAGAACUCAGAGCUUUGUUCCUUCUCAGUUAAGUGGAAUUUUUGGGGGUCAAUUGAGGAGUCUUGUUAAGGCAAGAGGGAAUAAGGCUUCAGCAACUGUCCAACCUUUCCUCUUGCUCCAUCUUGACAUUUUCCCCGAGGCUGUUCAUACCAUUGAAGAUGCGCUUCAUCUUUUUUCUGCCCCCGAAACACUUGAAGGAUAUAAAGCAUCAGCUGGAAAGGCUGGGGUGGUUAGUGCCAGCAAAUCAGUGAAAAUACAGAAGCUUUCGAAGAUAAUGAUACUGCAUUUAAUGAGGUUUAGCUAUGGAAGCAAAGGAAGCACAAAAUUGCACAAACCUGUUCAUUUCCCACUCGAGCUGGUUCUUGGGCGAGAAUUACUCGUUUCCUCAUCACCAGAGGGAAGGAGAUAUGAGCUUGUAGCCACCAUCACGCACCAUGGUCGAGAACCCUCAAAGGGUCAUUAUACUGCUGAUGCAAGGUAUUCCAAUGGCAUCUGGCUUCGGUAUGAUGAUGCAACUGUUACAGCUGUCACUACAAACAAGGUCUUGCACGACCAGGCUUAUGUCCUCUUCUAUAAGCAAAUGUAGUCAUCUCUUAUUCUUUAUUAAGAUGCAAUCCUAAAGCCACCUCCAUCUAUUGUUUAUCUGAUCUGCAUGUAAAAUUACUGCCUGAUGGGGGUUAACCAUAUCAUGAUGUGUAGAUCUAUUGGUUCUCAUUGCUCUUUUAUUGGAUGCCUUGUGUCGAUCAAAAGUAGCACAACUACUAAAAGACUUUGGAUGUAUUUUUUCUUACUGUACCUACAGACGGAAAUGUGCAUUACCUCAUUAUAUCUUCUAAUGUAGGAAGUGAGUAGUAUGGUUCUGUA